CAAAAUCUAAAUUCACAAUCCAAUAAUAAGUCACGCUGCAAAUAAUGAGUAACCUAUUUAGCUGCAUAAAAAUAAUGGGUUACUUAUUUAGUCGCAGAAAAAUCACCAUUCUUAGCAUUGAUGGAGGUGGUGUUAGGGGUCUUAUUCCUGCAAAAGUCCUUGAAUUCCUCGAGAAUGAACUUAAGACUCUGGAAAAGGAGGAUGUAAGGCUUGUAGACUACUUUGACGUAAUGGCGGGGACAAGUGCAGGAGCGCUUAUCACAGCUAUGCUUGCUGCACAAUCAACAACUAAUGCCCAACAACUAGGCACAUCAUCAGCAUCAUCUCCAGCUCCAGCUCCCAAUUCUACCGAACCAAUUGAUCAUGGCAGAUCACGACCUCACACAGCAAAAAAAAUUGUUGAUUUACUCUGCCAUACUACUCCCAAAAUCUUUGGGAAGUUUAAGCCUGACCAAAGUGACAAGAAGGACCCCUCGGUCUCCAAUGGUGAACAUGACCAAGGUGACAAGAAGAAGACAACAGUCCCCAGUGGUAACCCUCACCAAGGCGACAAGAAGGAGCCCGAAAUCCACGAUGCCAAGGACAAGUAAAAAACAAAAAACCAAAUCUAACCUUUUUAUUUUUGUUUGAGUAAUUUUGGUUUGCUUGAAUCACCUAAAUUUGUGCAUUCUGGUCAUCCGGGUGGUCAAUUGGUUAGUUGUCCAGCCGAUCAUCUGGCAAUAAGGGUGAUAGCCGUGGUUGACAAGGGUCACAACCACGGUUGACAAGGAUUGCACUAGUCGUCUGGGUGGUCGUCUAGACGGUCGACCGGUAGGCACAAAUCCAGGCGAUUCGGUCAAACUCAAAUUCAAUGGAUGAAUUAUUUUUCUUUUUGAUUUUAUGAA